GGGAUGCCCCUGGUGACCCUCAGGCUGCCGAGUGCCUCCGCACAUCCCCAGCUCUGCUCUUGCCUCCAGAUGCCGAGAAGACCCCAGGCUACUGGAAUGAAGGGGCCAGGAGGAGGCUGAGGUCGGCACUGGCACUGCAGCCAGUGGCACAGCGGGCCAGAAACAUUAUCCUCUUCAUGGGCGACGGCAUGGGGCUGUCCACCAUGUCGGCGGCUCGGAUCUACAAGGGACAGCUGGCUGGUGGCUCAGGCGAGGAGAACAUCUUGGCCAUGGAGACCUUUCCCCACCUGGCCUUGGCCAAGACCUACACCAUCGACCGGCAGGUGCCCGAUAGUGCUGGCACAGGCACAGCCUACCUCUGUGGGGUGAAGGCCAAUGCCAAGAUGCUGGGGCUGAGUGGGGCAGCUGUCUACGGCAAAUGCCGCAGUACCUUUGGCAAUGAGGUGAACUCAGUCCUGCACCGGGCCAGGCUGGAAGGCAAGUCGGUGGGCAUCGUGACGACCACGCGGGUGCAGCACGCUUCCCCAGGAGCAGCUUAUGCCCACUCAGCCAGCCGGAGCUGGUACGCCGAUGCCAACAUGCCCAAGGAGGCAUUGCGGGAUGGCUGCAAGGACAUCGCCUACCAGCUGGUGCACAACACAGACAUCAGUGUGAUCCUGGGCGGCGGGCGGAUGUACAUGACCCCCAAGUGGACUGCGGACCCCGAGUACCCAGAGGACCCGGCUCAGAAUGGCACCAGGAGGGAUGGCCUCGACUUGAUUGCCAAGUAGCUGAAUGCCAAGAAGGGUGCCCGCUAUGUCUGGGAUAAGAAGGGCAUGGAUGCAGUCAAGGAUGACUCCGUAAGCCACCUGAUGGGCCUCUUCGAGCCCAAGGACAUGAAGUAUGAGCUAAACCGCAACACCUCCACGGAUCCUUCCAUUGUGGAGAUGACAGAGAAGGCCAUUCGCAUCCUGCGCAGGAACCCCAAAGGCUUUUUCCUCUUUGUGGAAGGUGGCAGGAUUGACCACGGCCACCACAGCGGCCGGGCCAAGCAGGCACUGAUGGAAGCUGUCAUGCUGGACCGGGCAGUGGCACGGGCAGGAGAGCUUACCUCCCCCUCCGACACCUUGACUGUGGUGACAGCUGAUCACUCCCAUGUCUUCACCUUUGGGGGCAACACACUGCGUGGCACCUCCAUCUUUGGGCUGGCCCCCAAGAAAGCCAAGGACAAGCAAGCCUACACCAGCAUCCUCUAUGGCAACGGUCCUGGCUACAGCAUCCACAAAGGGGGCCGCCCAUCCCCCAGCCUCCAGGCUGCAGUGGAGGAGGAGGAUCCAGCCUUCUGGAACAGGCAGGCAGCCGCAGCCAUUGAGGCAUCCUUCAAGCUGCAGCCCAGGGUAACCGAAGCCAAAAACCUCAUCAUUUUCCUUGGAGAUGGAUUUGGGGUCUCCUCCAUCACGGCCACCCGCAUUCUAAACGGGCAGCAGCAGGGGAAGCUGGGCCCUGAGACCCCGCUCGCCCUGGAUUCUUUCCCCUAUGUGGCUCUCUCCAAGACGUACAGUGUGGACCGGAUUGUCCCUGACAGCGCAGCGACUUCCACAGCCUACCUCUGCGGGGUGAAGGCCAACUACCACACAGCAGGAGUGAGUGCAGCCGCCCGCCUCUCCCAGUGCAACACCACAGCAGGCAAUGAGGUGGUCUCAGUGCUGGAGCGAGCCCGCAAAGCCGGGAAGGCGGUGGGCAUUGUGACGACAUCACGGGUGCAGCACGCAUCGCCCUCGGGGGCCUAUGCCCAUGUGGUGGACCGCAACUGGUACGCGGAUGCCAGCAUGCCCAGGGAGGCCCGUCUGCAAGGCUGCAAGGACAUCGCCUGGCAGCUGGUCCACAACGUCGACAUCAACGUUAUCAUGGGGGGUGGUAGGAUAUACAUGACCCCUGAAGGGACGCCGGACCCUGAAUAUCCUGCCUAUGAAACAGAGAAGGGGAUACGGGAGGACGGGAAAAACCUGAUCAACAUGUGGCUGGAGGCACGGCCGGGUGCCCGCUAUGUCUGGAACAGGACAGAGAUGCUGGCUGCAGCUGCUGACCCCAGCGUGACUUACUUGAUGGGUCUCUUUGAACCCAUGGAUAUGAAGUAUGACCUGGUGCGUAACACCACCCUGGACCCAUCGCUCACUGAAAUGACAGAGGCUGCCAUCACCAUCCUGAGCAGAAAUCCCAAAGGCUUCUACCUCUUUGUGGAAGGUGGUAGGAUCGACCAUGGCCACCACGAAGGUGCAGCCCAGAAGGCGCUGACAGAUGGGAUUGCAUUUGACCGGGCCAUUGACCGGGCGGGCGCCCUGACGGACGAGGCGGACACCCUCACCGUGGUCACUGCUGACCACUCACACGUCUUCAGCUUCGGUGGCUACCCCCUGCGUGGUGCCUCCAUCUUCGGUCUGGCUCCGAACAAAGCUGCUGACAAUAAGAGCUACACAGCCAUCCUCUACGGGAACGGGCCAGGUUACCUGGGUGCUGUUCGGCCUGACGUGAAUGAAUCCACAGCCACUGAAUUCAACUACGUGCAGCAGGCAGCUGUGCCCCUCAAGUCAGAGUCCCAUGGUGGUGAGGAUGUGGCCAUCCUGGCCAAGGGUCCCAUGGCCCACCUCUUCCACGGGGUGCAGGAGCAGACCUAUGUGGCCCAUGCCAUGGCUUAUGCCGCCUGCCUCGAACCAUAUGUCAACUGCCAGCAGCGGAACUCUGCCACUGGAGCCCAGAGCACCUUCCUGGCCCUGCUCCUCCCCACCAUCCUCCUGCCCCUCUUCCACUGACCCCACAGCCCUGCAUUCCCCCAUCCCCACUGCUGCGGCACCCACAGGUGGAUGGUGACUUUUUGGAGUAUCCCUGAUCUGGACAUGGCAGUCAUGAGGCACUGUACCCAGGA